AUGGCCACAUCAUCGUCAAAAGAUUCAAAUAAGACUGAAUGGCUUGUUAUCAUCCCAGACCUUCCUGGCGCAAAAGACAGGAGGUCAACAUGGUUCCCCCAACAUUGUGAAAGGAUGAAAUUAGACCCACAAGACUUUUGGGUUUUCGGAGGAGCGACCUUGAAGGACUGUGUGACACUAGGACAAGCUCCGGAUGUAUCCGGGAGCGCUAUGAUGGUCUUUACAACCUCGAGGGAGCAUAUCUUGGCACGCCUUGAAGAGGAUCCUCUGGUCAAGGGUAAAGUGUGGGAUCUCGAAAAUGCACAGAUUACUCCCUUCUUCCGUCCUAAGCGAGGUGCAAUUUGA